AUGGAAAGCAAAACCCCCAGCGAAAGCGUUGACAAUGAAAUGGAGGAAGAUGAAACAGCACAGGAUUCUUCGGCCGAUGAUUUUUCUGCCAGCGAAGAUGAAUGGACUCCAGCAAAGGACGAACAAACCACAGGUGCCGAAACAGCUAUUAAACGAAAAGCGAAAGAAAAGCCGACCAAAAAUCCUGUCGGUCCGGCGCGGGUAUCACGGCGGAUUGCUGCUAAGAAGGGGAUCAUUCUGCCGGAAGAGCUCGUCAAUCAGAUACCGGUUAUCGAGUCAACCCAAGACGUAAGCGAAGAUGAAUCGGACAGUGAGGAGGUAAAGAAACCGACGAAAAAGGCUAGACGAAAACCGCCAAACCGAGGUAAAGUAAAAACCCCGCGAAAGAAUGCACUGCCGAGCGAUGAACCAAUCAAACUGACCACCUUUACCGUGGAGGAACUGUAUCGCAAAUAUCGCCCCGAUCUGGCAAUACCAAGCACGUCGAAAGAACAUACGGCACCUCCGAUAAAGCGACGCAAACCAAACCCGGAAGGAGGAGAUGGUGCGGGAAAUGAAUCGGAUAGCAGUGGCGAUGAUCAUUUGGUCGACCCGAGUGAGUUGGAUUUGAAUUCGGAUUUCUUUCGCCCAUCAGAGCAGGAAAAGGAGCAGCGGCAAGCGGUGGAUCUGUACUUCGACUGCAAUGCUGGUGUUGAGCUGACCGAUUCCGAUUCCGAAGAUAUUGAUGCGGGUGAACCGAUAGUAGGUGAUCCGGGUGCGAUGACGGUUGCAGAAAACAGAAACCCAGCGGAUGCAGAACUGGGCAAAAAAUUGAUUCAACAAAUUAACCAAUCCAGUAAAGCGUACAUGCAAAUGGUUCAGCUGGCGGCAGCGGCUUCUGCACGGGCCGGCAAGGAUACUAACCCGCAGGCGGGACCAUCCAAAAUAAACACCACUUUGGAUGACCGGCAGCAAGAAGAUAUUGACAGAUUGUUGGUAGCUGGUGAAAAGCUAACCGGUCGAAGCAAGGGUCUAACCGCUGGCUUCGGAAGGAAUGAUUUUGUAAAGGUUACACCAGCGUCUCAAGCCCAACAGGCUGAAGGACCAAAGGAGAUAGAAAUUACACUUAAACUUGCUCCGGUUGCGAACGGUAAGGUAGCAUCAUCGAAACGUACCUUUGAUGUACUGACGGCAUUGAAAAGGUUUAUGAACCGGGAAAAGCGCAACAGCCAGAGCCACGUUCAUAAGGUAGCGCUGCUGUGCUGGAUCGGUCACGGCACGCAUGUCAACAAUGCACUCCGGAAGCCUUCAUUGAUGCGUUUCGCCCAAAAGAAACUGCUUCCCGGUGUAAUGGGUCAAGCGAGCAAGGUAAGCCGCCCAAACGGACUCACCAAUCUGCGAUACUUCCAGGAACUGACACGCUAUUACCGACGCACCGUUACGCUCAAGGACGAUACAAUGUUUUACCGUCAGCGGCAACAUCCGCCACUCGACAAGUUCCUUAUAUUUGCGAUCGCCAAAAAAGUUACCUACUGUCGGCGUGAUUACAUUCUACUGUUUGUACUGAUGCUCCGAAUAUUGGGCGUUCAUGCGCGGCUUAUAAUUUCUCCACCAGUGCCUCCGAAACAGCUGCCCUCCGAUCAGUUGUACCGGAUGAAUCCAAAGUCCCCACAGGAGCUGGCAAUGGAAAGGAAGCUGUUGCAAGAUUUUCGUCUAGCGCCCCGGGACAGUAUGGUGUUCGUGGCCAAACAGAAGCUACGUGCGUUGAUCGCCAAGCAAAGAGAUACGGCACAAACGGGCAAGGCAAGCAAACGGCGAGCCGUCGGGUUCUCCAUACCGCAACUGGAUGGCGGUGCAGACGAACGCGUGCCGGUUGUGGCGCAGGAUAAGAAGAAAAAGUUGAAGCUUAUGACGGGAUCGUUUUUGAAGGUGGAAAGUAAUCGACCCGAUCCGCAGAGAGCUGUUACGAUAGCGGAAACAGACGAUCAACGAUCGUCGGUGCCGGAUGAGGUGCAGAAAAGACGCGAACGAAUAUUGGCCGCAUAUCGGGCACGGGCUGAGAAGCUUGCGAGUAAAAAGGAUGCACAGUCCAACGGAUGGUAUAACGUUGAAGAUGACAAGCAGAAAAAGAAGAAGAAGGCGAGUGGAAAAAUGGGAGUCGAUUACUGGGUGGAAGUGUUUUGUGAGCACGAAGACAAAUGGAUCACGAUCGAUGUGUUGAAAGGCGAUGUCUACAAGCUGGAAGACAUUGUGAAACAAGCAACACAACCGAUCGCGUAUGUGCUAGCGUGGAACAACGACGGUACGAUAAAGGACGUAUCGCCACGGUACAUCUCUCGGCUCGGUAGCAAGAAGAGUAAACUUCGCGUCGAAGAUGCCUGGCUGGAGAAAACCCUUCGUCCUUACCGUGGCAAACGGACCAAGCGCGACCUGAUCGAGGACGUAAAGUUCGAUCGUUUGCUGAACAAACGGCCCUUCCCGGAACAGAUCGGCGAGUACAAAGCACAUCCUAAGUACGCCAUCGAACGGUAUCUGUUGCGGAACGAAGCCAUCUACCCACCGGAUGCACCCAUCCUCGGUUACAUACGCGAGGAACCGAUCUAUCUGCGUGACUGUGUGCACACGCUGCACUCGCGUGAAGCAUGGUUGCGGCAGGCAAAAACGGUACGGCUGUACGAGGCACCGUACAAGGUGGUGAAGGCGAAGGCAAAGUACGAUCGUUUCACCGGUGCGGCUAUUACCGGGCAGACGGUGGAGCUGUUCGGUGAAUGGCAGGUGCAAGACUACGAACCACCGGUAGCGAAGGAUGGGCUUGUGCCACGCAGUGCGUACGGCAAUGUGGAUCUAUUUCAAGCGUACAUGCUACCGAAGGGUACGGUUCAUCUGCAGCUUCCCGGGCUUAAUCGUAUCUGCCGACGUUUGCGCAUCGAUUGUGCGCAAGCAAUUACUGGGUUCGAGUACCGGUCCGGCGGUUGCCAAGCGGUGUACGAUGGGUUCGUGGUGUGUGAAGAGUUUCGCGAUCGGGUGUUGGACGAAUGGUACUGCGAGCAGGUAGAGCUGCAGGAGAAGGAGGACGAACGGCGUCGGAAGCGUAUUUACGCGAACUGGAGACGAUUGAUAAUGGGUCUGAGCAUACGGAAGAAGCUGAAAGAUCGGUACAAUUUCGAUAACAUGUAA